CCUCGCGGAUCACGUGGUACGCGACCGUGCACUAUUUUCUCUUUUUUUUGUGUGUGUCGCCGGCCAUAAAGUAUCCAUGCGCCGACGUUUCGACUUAAGUGCGGACGGUGACGGCGUUGCGGCGUUGUCCGGCUCGAUUUCCGCUUUCGGCUUCCCAUAGGCAAGGGGGGAGAGGCCCAGUGGCAGGGAGAGGCUUUACGUUAAAGAGAUACAAUAAAUAGAUCACAGUGUGACAGAUGCGCAUAUGUCGUAGAGGCGGUUACGUACGUGCGUUGAACUUCGUUCGCACACCCCACGUCGCACAGCCGAUGCUAAUAGGAGGUUAUCGAUGGCGCGAUAGGUGGCACCGGCGUAUUGCGGUGAUGUGGUGAGAGACGCGUGUGCAAGAGAUUCAAUAACAAUGCGUGGAUAGAGUUGGACACAGGGCAGCCUCGUGUCGUUCCGGCGUGUGGGAUGUCUAUUGUGACAUGUAGAGUCAUGGGGACACUGGGUUAAGAGAUUUGUUGCAGCUGCUAUUGGGGACACUGGUGCAGACAGAGGAUAGGGCUUGUGUAAAGUUAUGUAUGGAUAGGGUUAUGCACAUAAGGGAAACGGGGUGCUGUGAUAUAGGGAUUGCUGUAGAGAUGCGGGCUUAAAAUAUUGUUAUAGAAUUAUGUAGAUGCGUUAGACAUAGGGCUGGGGGUAUAUCUGUUACCGUAGGAAAGUUUGUAAGGAAAUACAUCACUGUCAGGCACCAAUGUGUACAGUAAGAGAUACUGCUAAAGAUGUAUUGCACCUAUAAGAGACACUAGUGCUCGUGAAUAGAUACGGAGAGCUUGCAUAGAGAUACCAUUUGGCGAUAGAUAGUUGAGAGGGUCGAUAGUUUUGGUGGAGACCGGUACAGAUAUAUUUGGUGUAGUUAUUGAAUUAUUACAGACGAAUAUAGUUGUGGUUAUGGUUAUCGGGAGAGGGGCUGACGCAUAUUUCGAGAUGCUGUACUCGUGAAGAAAAACUGGGGACACACCAAUGUAUACAAUUCCUUUUAUUACUGCACCGUUACAAUCUGUGGUGGAGUCGCAGAGAUAUUUUAUGGGCUGCAGUUAGCGAGACACUCCGAGCUACUUGCCAAUUAUAGGUUAGAUGGUGUAAUGUUAAGCAGACGUCCUGUCUUCGAUUCGGCCUGUACACACACAUAACGGCUCUUCCUCGAUAGCACAUCUUUCUCCUAAAGUCCUUUGUAUAAAAAAAAUAUAAACACAUUCAGGACGAGCCCUAUCUCGCUUUCCCGAAGGCGCAUACAGAGGGGGGUGGGGGGUGGUGAGAAGCUGUGCAGUAAUUAUCGAGUUGGGUGCAGUAAUAAUAGUGGCGAUUCGUGUAGCCGGGCAUUAGUUUUCAAGACCACCUUGUUCAGUGUGUCGAGUCGAGACCCGAGGGACGACCGCCUGGAUUCCCUGCCGCCUUGUUGGAUCGAGGGUGAACCCAGGGAUGAUGGAGCGUUCGUGCGUCGGGGACCAUGGCGGAGAGACGACGAACGGCAGUGAGCCGUCACAGGGGAUGGCAGAGAGAGGCGUCGCCGGCACAGAGUACCUGGACAUGAGGAGCGGAGGGGGGAGAAAGGGGAAGAGGAACACCGAGGGUCAUGGCGCCAGCUGGGACGACCGGUGGCUAAGGCAGUGCAAGCAGGAGGAAGACUUUGCUGUAGCGUCUGGCACUAUGUCCGAGCCUGGGCACACGGAGGAGGAGGAGUGUGGGGCUGCGUGCGGGUACAGCGAGUCCUACAUGGGGGAAUCGUGGCUCAAGCGGGAGACCUUGGAUCCAGGACAGGAAGGCGAAUAUGGAAUUGCGGGAGAGACGGCAGGAGAGACGGCAGGCAACAUGACGAGCGAAACGCCAUCGCAGUCGUGGGGAGAAGUGGAGGUAACACUGGAAGACUCGAGUGGUGAUGAGAUGAAUUCUGGAAAGCGCAAGCAAGCGUACCUGACACCCGGCGCAUCACCGCUGCUCCGGAAGAGGAUCGUGCUGUCCCUGGAAACGAAAUUGCGCAUCCUACGGCGUCUGGAGAAGGGCGAGACAGCCAAGCAGCUCGCGUUGGAAUUCAACUUGGGCCACCGCACCAUUUACGACAUCAAGAAGGCCAAGGAGAAGCUGUGGCGGCUCAACAAGGUACUGGACGUCGACACGGGGCUCUCGUACAUGAAAGUGAUCCGUGAGUCGCGCUUCCCGCAGCUAGAGGAGGCCGUGUACAAGUGGUUCCGGCAGCACCGUGCCAUGGGCCUCCCCAUCACCAGCUCCAUGCUCAUUGAGCAGGCGCGGCACUUCCACGAACACCUGGGCCUCACCGAGCCAUUCGCCGCAAGCGCCGGCUGGCUCCGUAACUUCAAGCGGCGCUACUGCAUCGGCGAGCUGGGCGUGUCGGGCAUGGACCUGGGGCGGGAGAGCUUCGUGAGCACCCUGGCGCAUGCCAAGGAGGACUUGGCCAACCCGCUGGUACGCGUCCGCAUGGGCGGCGCCUUCCCUGCGCCAUACCCCCAGGUGGUGGUGGAGAAGGUGUCGGAUGAUGCGGCGGAGGCCCUGGCGGCGCGGGAGAGCUUCAUGAAAUUCCUGGAGGAGCAGGGGUUAAGCCCACAGCAGGUGUAUGCCGCCACGGAGACGGGGCUCUACUGGAAGAGUCUCCCCGCGCGCACCGCCGCCGGGAACUGCCGGGUCGGCAGGGAUCGCAUCGCGCUGCUCCUUUGCGCCAGCGCAGCAGGCACGCACCGGCUGCCCCUCGCCGUCGUGGGCAGGGCUGCCCACCCGAGGGUGUUCAGGAACCUGGACGUAAGCCUGCUGCCCGUGCACUACUACAACCACAGGCGUGCGUGGGUCACCACCGACAUCUUCCGCCGCUGGUUCCGCGAGAGGUUCGUGCCGGAGGUGACGCAGAACCUGGAAGUGCUGGGGCUGCCGCCCAAGGCCGUGCUGCUGCUUGACAACUCACCCGCGCACCCCGACGACGGCUCGCUGUGCUGCGGGGACAUCACCGUCUUCUAUCUCCCCCCGAACUUGGCGCCAGCGCUCAAGCCCCUGGAGCAGGGCGCCGUAGGCCACCUGAAGGUGCUGUACCGCCGUGAAGUGGCGCGCGGGAUGGCCUUGGGUGUGGAUGCCGACCUGCAGUCCUACUGGAAGGACUUCACCGUGAAGCACGCCCUGUACACUGUCGCCGCCGCCUGGGACGCUGUGCACGAGAGGACGCUGCAGCGCUGCUGGAGGAAGCUGUGGCCGCGUGCGUGGGGGGUGGCUGAGCCCGGUAUCCCCGACCUCGCUGUCGGGGGAGAGGCGGCGGGGGAAGCGCACGGGGAGGGAACACGCGGGGUGCAGGAAGACGAGGAGGGACUGAGUGUGCGCAGUUUUGUGCAGGUGUUACGCGCCGUGCCAGGCUGCGACCGCGUCAGGGAGAGCGACGUCGCCGAGUGGUUGGAGGUGGACGCCGCCGACCCGGGGCGCGCGCCGCUCGGUAGCGGCGCAGGCGGACGCGGCGCCGAUGGCGGCGGCGACGCCAGCGACGGCGACAACAGCGAGCAGGAGGAGGAGACGGUGCCCGUGAGCCGGAUCACUCACAAGGAGGCGGUGCGCGUGCUGAGCCGCGCCAUCGAGUACGCGCAGGAGCAGGCCGACACGGACCACAGCGAGGUCUACCUGCUCAUGGCGCUCAGGGACCAGGCGCUGAAGAAGCACAAGCAGCACGCAUGCCAGAGGGUGCUGGGCUAUGCCGUCCCUCCUCCGGCCGCACCCUCCACGUUACGGCAGUGACCGCUUGACCUGAUCAAUGCCGCCACCUUCCCAAGGUGUUAUUCCGCUCCGUUACGUUCCGUUUGGUUGUGUCACUUGUGUCUUUACGCUGCUGACGGUCCCAAGCGCAGGUGUUAGAUUAUUUGGCUGCGCUGCAUCGUGAGAAGUACCCACAAUGCCACGGGAACAUUAGCGGAGCACAUGUUACUCAAAGUAGCCUGGUUUGCGUGCGGGUUUACGUGUCUAAAAUUUUUAUGAGUGUUUUUGGAGGAGCUGUCUUUUUUAUGAGUGGUGCGACAUAUCCAGCGGGACCGUGCGAUGACAUGCACAAUUUCUGGAUAUGAUUUGAGUUAUUUUAUUGAUUUUAUUUGGCUUGACACUGUAAAAACAUGGUGUGAUUUGUGGGGAGUGGUGUCAUUGUACUUACACUACAAUCAAGCUGUCAAGGUUAAACUUCUUAGCACUCUCAGCAAUUUUACCUAAUGGGUCUCUCCUCUUGGUUGACAGCAUGAUUGUCUGGUGCCAUCAGUCCAAAGGAAAUAAUAUUUGGUCAUACCACCCCAUCGUGCAAUGUGCUGGCCCAAAUAGGUGUUUGCUAACAUCAGUUAGUCCCAACAAUUAUAAGCAGGCCAAAAGGGCGUAUUGCUAUCAACGUAUGAGACUCGCGUUGUAAAAGAGACAUUAAAAAUCGCUUAUACUAGUAGGAACCCCCUGGUUACACCAGCCCACAGGGGAUUCUUGUGUCCGUCCGUCGUGCAUCCAAAAAUCGAAGGGGUGGGGC